GUAGGAUUUUAGUGCCCAAAAAACAUUGUUUGGUUGUUUUUCAAUGAAACUAUCGCAUGUCGUCGUGUGUCGUGGCUUUUUCGGAUCGGUGACGUCACUCUCAGACAGCUGCCGUAAUCAGUUGGCCAGGUGACAGGUGUGUGGAGAGGCGGGGCCGGCGGUCCGACACCGGGGCCCGCUCCAAGAUGGCGGCGAGGAGGCGUGGCCUGCGGACCCGCGUCCAAAUGGACUACAGGUGCGUGGGUCGGGCAGCUGGGCACAAUCUGAUAAUCUGCUGUCGGUGUAUAAAAGCGUGACAGCCGAGAGAGACGAGGAGGGAGGUGGAGAGCCAGAGGCAAGACGCGGAGCAGCGUAUGCAGCAAGAGGAAGACGUCGACGGCGAAGACGCGGCCGGCUGAAAAGCGGACCGGAGGGCGAGCAGGGAAGAGGAGCUGCAAAGCGACCUGAGACUGAGGGGUUUGAUUUGAAAAAAUAAACGAAAGCCUACACCUGACGCAACAUGUCUUCCUUUGAUGGUCCAUGGAACCCACCCGACAGCCUAGGACGGUCACAUUUGGCGCCCAAUGUGGCUGGACCAUCGGAGGCGGGGGAGGACGAUCUCCUGUGGGCCCUCGUGGGGGCGUUCACGGAACUGGCGGCAAGCAGCCGCCAGCGUCUCGAAGAGUCCCGCAAACAAUUGCAGCUCCUGCAGGUCCUGGCGGGCCAGACGGGGGGCGGCGAAUGGCCCCCCCACAAAAGAAGAGGAAGUGGUGGAAGAAGCACAGGAGGGAAACCACUCAUGUGCUCAAGAAGAACAAGACAAAGGAAAAGACGACGAAGAAGAAGAACAACAACAACAACAAGACAAAGACAAAGAAGAAGAAGAACAACAACAAGACAAAGACAAAGAAGACAAAGGAACAGACAAAGGCGAACAAGGUACAGGAGAAGAAAAGAAUACAGAAGAAGGAGAAAAGGACAAGGAAGAAGAAAAGGACACAGGGGAGGAGAAAACCGGGGCCACAGGAGAACCUGGCCGUUCUCACUUCCCGCUCCCUCAAAAAGGGGGGAAGGGAGUAGGCUUAGCCGGUCGGAAGUCCGGCUUGCGUCCGGCGAUGGAGGACUGUGGCGAGGCGGAGCCGGAGGACCGACGGCGGGGCGUGCUGCGCCGGGGCCCACUCCAAGAUGGCGGCGGGGACGGCGAGCAAGCGGCGAGGGAGACGCGACAACCAGGUGCGGGGAUCGCGCACCUGGUCACAAUUACCUAAUCCCCUCGCAGUGUUUAAAGAGACAGCGGCCGAGAGCGACGGGGGAAAAAGGAGGUGGAGAGUCAGCGAGACACGCAGAGGUUAACGAGGAGCGAACACGAAGACAAAGACGCGGCCAGCUGAAAAGCGGACCGGAGGGCGAGCAAGGAAGAGGAGCUGCAAAGCGACCUGAGACUGAGGGGUUUGAUUUGAAAAAAUAAACGAAAGUCUACACCUGCUGCAACAUGUCUUCCUUUGAUGGUCCAUGGAACCCACCCGACAGCCUAGGACUGUCACAAGGUGAAA